AUGGAGUGCAUGAUCAUCAAAACUAGCCCUAGAAAAUCAUCAUCAUCAUCAUCAUCAACAUCAUUAUUAUCAUCAUGUUGGGGUUUCUCUUUGGCCAUAGCUUUAGUUUUGUCAUAUGUUCAUAUAGCAAGAUCUUUGGGAGAUGUUGAUUAUGAAGAUAAUUACAAAAUAAUAGGAAUUAGCAGUAAUAAUAAUAAUAAUAAUAGUAUGGUGAUUAGUGGUAAUAGUAAUAUUAGUAGUAUUAGUAGUAGUUCGUGUAAUGUGUACGAAGGGAAAUGGAUUUACGACGAGUCGUAUCCUCUUUAUGACUCGAAGGCUUGUCCUUUCAUCUUCAAAAGGUUCAAUUGCCUAAAGAAUGGUCGCCCUGAUAAUCUCUACCUCAAGUACAGAUGGAAACCUACUAAUUGUGACUUGCCAAGAGUGCAUGGUAGAGAUUUCUUGAAGAUUUUAAAAGGGAAGAAGAUGAUGUUCAUAGGUGAUUCUAUAACUCUCAACCAUUGGCAAUCUCUUCUCUGCCUCAUUCAUGCUGAUCUUCCCCCUAAUUCUAAUAUCAUUAGACAAACCACUGAUUUUUAUUCUGCCGUAAUUUUUAAGGAUUACGAUGUGUCAAUAUUACGAUCCAAUUCUCAUUAUUUGGUGGACAUUGAAGAGGAAAAGGUGGGUCGUAUUUUGAAGCUAAAUUCACUGAAAAUGGGAAAAGUAUGGAAAGAAAUGGACAUUCUCAUCUUCAACACUUGGCUUUGGUGGAAUCGAAUCGACUCAGCUGGCCAAAACUCUACAUUUGAUUAUAUUCAAGAUGGUAACGAGUUGUUCACAAAAAUGGAGCCAAUGGAUGCUUUUCAGAAGGCUUUGAUGACUUGGGCGAAGUGGGUUGACUCAGAUGUCAACACAACAAAGACUAAAGUCAUUUUUCAAGCUAUUACUCCAUCUCAUUACAAUGGGGAGGAAUGGAAUGAAACACUAUUGGUGACAAAAUGUGGGUCAGAGACAGAAACUAUAGGCAGUGGAUCAUCAUCAUCAUCAGUAGAGGAAGAAGAUCAGUUGACAAAUGCUUGUGAAGGAGAGAUCCAGCCCAUAAGUGGACCAGUCUACCCUGCCGGUUUGCCCUCGGAAUGGUUUAUCUUAAAAGACAUUUUAGAUAACAUAAAGAAGCCAGUUCAUUUUUUUGACAUAACAACAUUGUCACAACUUAGAAAAGAUGGGCAUCCUAGCAGUUAUAAUGAUUUUGGGGGAGUGGACUGCAAACACUGGUGCAUUGGUGGAGUUCAAGACACUUGGAAUCAGCUUCUAUAUCAAGUAAUUAAGUAG